CCCUCCUCCGCCGGCUGAGGUUCCUCCUCCUCCCCGCGGCUGGGAGAGUGGGACCGGGACGAAGCCCGGGAAGCGGCGGCGCUGCGCCAGGUAAAACUUGAGGAGAAACGGGCGCUUGGCGCCGGCCGCAGCGGGGAACCUCCGUCCCCUCAGGGAAUCCCGACCCGCCUCGGAGUGUCCUGGUUCCCCGCAGUGUGAUGAUGAAGGAUAUGGGAUCCUCAGGCCUGGAAGACUUAUGCUCCCACAUCAAUGAGAAGAUUUCAAAUAUUAAGAAGUGUAUCCUAUUGAGAGACAUAGGUGAACAUGAAUCCUGCAAGUCUGUGCUCUGUAGAAUACAGCAUGAGGUGGUCCUUGUACAUGAUCUCCUGAAUACAAUGGAGGCUGAAGUUAAACAGCAAGAAAAACUGAAAGAUUUGCUGAAAGAGAUCCAGAAGGCUGCCGAGAAAGAUCAAAAGGAAGCACAGCACCUUCUUGAACACAUUCCACCCUAUCUGCCUAAACCAGCCCAGAACUGCAUCACUGUGAAACAUGAAGGACAAACAAAGGCUGUUGAACCCAAAUCUACACAGAAACACUCAAAAGAGACAAAAGUCAUUAAAGAAGCAGCAUUAAUAACCGCAGAGGAGUUUGAAAGUGUUCCUGUGUAUAUGAAAGGCCGUAUAACAUAUGAUCAGGUUAAUGCAGUUGUUCAACAGAUGAACAAGGCCGUGGUGGAAAAGUACAAGAUCUUGUAUCAGCCUCUGAAGUCUAUGAGUGCACCAGCCAGAAGUCUCUACCACAGGUUUAUAGAAGAAGAAACUAAUGAUACAAAAGGAGCAUUUUUUAUUGUGGAGGCUGAUAUCAAGGAGUUCACUCGGCUGAAAUUGGAUAAGCGCUUCCACAGCAUCCUCAACAUCCUGAGGCACUGCCAGAGAGUGAGAGAGCUGCGCAGCUCGAGGCUCGUCCGCUACAUCAUCUGCUAAGGAGCUCCCCACGUCUGCCUGCCCAGGAGAGAGACCUGUGCUCCUGUCCCCAGACAGCAGCGCUGAGGGACAGGGAGUGGUUUCGGGCACCUACCCUAAAUUAGGAGUUGCAUUUGAGUUUUGUUCUGUCAAGUGUGGAGGGGAACUACCAACCCGAACCAGAAAGGCAACUGGGCACAGGUGGUUAAUCACAUUCUCUCGUCAGCUCAUGAAAGUAAAGUUCUCUGCACGUUA